GAAUUCACUCGGAGUUGGGAGGAGUAUGCAGAAAACUACUGCUGGGUAGCAAGUACCUAUUUCGUCCGUUUGCACAGCUAUCCAGGCCCGCCUCCUCCACAGAUGGUUUAUCCACAAGGAACUAUGACAUCCGGUGGGUACCUGGUCCCGGCGGGUCAUCGUUUUCCCGCACAACCUCACUUACCUCCUGUUCCGGCCUAUCCACAGAUGGGGGAACGCCCACCAGCAGGACGAUUUAUCAGCUACUAUCAAUGGGCUCCAAUCCUACUAGCUAUUCAAUCAUUUCUUUUUUAUCUUCCCUGUUUAAUUUGGCGUCUAUUCUCCUCCCGAUCCGGCUUUCACCUCCGACGGAUCAUGCAGUUAUCUUCAGAGGCAGCUUUGGCGGCGCCAACUGAAGCAGAUGCCACUGCACAACAAGCUCAGGAGUCCGGACAUACCAAUCUGGCUAGACUAUCCAUACAAAACAUGCUUAAUUUGGCAAACCACCCUGGUGCUCCAGGUGCAUCAAGCUUUGCGCCAACUAAAUCUGUCAGGACACUGGCAAGAUACUUAGAUAUGUGCCUGAUGAGGCAAGCAGAGCUGCGGCUGGCAGAUAUUAUCCUGAACUUGAAUGUAGAUUCACGUGACUUCUUAACAUCAACUCUACCGGCGACAAGCUCAACUCAACCUCCACCACUUGUACCCAGAAGGCAAACUCGAGUAGGAGUGAAUUAUUCCGAUCAAAUGUUGCAACAGACAUUCAUCAAGCGACCCGAAGAUCAUUAUUCAGGCUUACUUAUGAUAAAUUAUCUGACAAACGAUUGGACGAGUAAAAAAACUGUUUUCUCAUUCUUUUUCAGUUAUACUCUUCAGUGCGUGCUGCCAAUCAAUAUGUUUUUGGAGAAGAUUUAUAUCUUCCUAUGGCUGUGGUUUUUCGUCGUUGGUGUGGUGACGCUGCUUAGUAUGAUAGUGUGGAUAACACGGAUCGGAACGUCACGAUGUCGGUUCUCGUGGAUUCGACAUCAGCUGCUUACAAUCCGACAGCUUAAUAAAAGCAACCAGAGUUGCAUGCAGUUUGUAGAAAGCCAUUUGGGCCCAGAUGGGGUCUUUGUGUUACGUUUGAUCUCUCAGAACUACGGUGAUUUAGUUGCUGGAGAUACCGUUGGGGAAUUAUGGACUGCCUACUGGCAGAGACGUCAAAGUGGAAUUUUGUCUGCCAGUACCGACGGUAAGAGCACCGAAAAACAGCUCGACAAUGUCAACACGCAAACUGCUAAGCAGCAUGUCACCCAAGUCGUACGGAACACUGAAAAGCCGCAGUUAAAAAGAAUUCCACGAUCUGCACGAAACACUCCAAUGGGCAGACAGGAACUAACACACACUCCCUCGGGUGGUGAACCCUUACAAAGAGGUGGAUCACAAAAGGAACGGCGCCGAAAAAAUUUAAUGCAUACUGGAUAUUCGGCCACGAUGAUGGCCACAGAAAUGAUACAUCCAUCAGAUCGGUUUGCCGUUCCUCUACUGUCUUCCUCCAGAAAACCACCAUCUGUAGAUUCACAGGAUUCCUCUAGGUAUAGCAGAGAAAGUAGAGAUCGAGAGCGAAGUGUUUCUCCUCCACCGAUUCCACAAAGAUCUUCUGACGGUGCUGAAUAUAGUUUGAGCGAACAGCGAUCUAUUGCAGACUUGGAGGUUGGUGCAAAUUCUCAAGUAUCGUUAGACGAAUUGCGAGUAUCUCCACCUAGAGACGAGGAUAUUAAUGAACAUGAAGUCGGACAUGUGGUUACACAAGAUGACUUUGAUAAUGCAGACGUCAUCGACCGUCGUUAUCAGGACGUGUACGAUGGUGCAGCAAAUGGGUUCGAUCAACAAGAUUAUAACCAAUACAGAGAGGAUUACAACGAAGGUUUUAAUCACGAUGAUCACAUCGUUUAA